AUGGGGGAGGGUUCUGAGGGGCGGGCCGCCGGGGCGCAAAACCCUAGCUUCGAGGCGGAGGAGGAAGAGGCGCGGCGAGUCAAGGAGGAGCUCGCCGACGACCUCAACGGCGACCCUGCGGAGGAGGAGGACGAAGACGAGGAGGUGGUAGUUGAGGAGGAGGAGGAUGAGGUGGUCGUCCCGUCCGACGACGAGGAGGGGGACGACAGCUUCGUCCCGCGCACGCUGGAGGAGGCCCUCGUGCCUCGGGUGGGCACGGUGUUCGAUUCCGUGGACGAGGCCUUCGCGCUCUACAAGGCCUACGCCUACCGCACUGGGUUCCACGCUGUGCGCCGCACCUUCCACAACUACGAGGGGCUCCGCUACCGCUCAACCUUCACCUGCACCCACGGCGGCAAGCCCCGGGCGGGCACCGCCCCCUCUGACAACCCAGGCGCCCGCUACACGCUCCGGAACAAGCAGGGGGCGUCCGCCCAGGAGAAGAAGGCUCGGCGUGGUACCGCCGAGAAGAUGGGAUGCAAGGCGAUGCUGAUCAUCCGUGACAAGCGAGUGGACGAUAGGUGGAAGGUGGAGUCUGUGGACUUGGAGCAUAACCAUCCUUGCACUCCUGAUAUGGUGAGGUUUUUGAAGGCGUAUAGGGAGAUGCCCGAGUCAGCCAAGAAGAAGGCCAAGAUUACUGAUGAAAUGGAUGAGAUGGUGGAGAAGUCACUGAGCGAGAUUGCUGAAACCAGGAAGUUCCCGACACGGCCCAAGAGGGGUGCUGGCGGUGGAGCUUGUGUUGGAAGCCAGAGGUUUAGUAGGACCGAGAGUUUUGUGCAGUGGUUUGUGGAGGAUGACCUCAUUGCACUCAAGAAGUUCAUUGAAACGACACAGCGCAAUAAACCAAACUUCAUCCACAGCUGGGAUCUUGAUCAGGAAAGUCGCCUGAAGAAUUUCUUCUGGGCUGAUUCAAGGGCCCAGGCACAAUAUCACUACUUUGGUGAUGUCAUUAUACUUGACGUUAUGUAUUUACAGCACUCUCGCGCCAGCCUCCCACUGGCCACACUCCUUGGGGUGAACAACCAUGGCCACCUUGUGCUACUUGGCUGCGGUCUACUCUCCAGUGACAGCAAGGAGAACUAUGUUUGGUUGUUGAAGAGAUGGUUGAGCUGUAUGAAUGGCAAGCUCCCAGAGGCGAUCACCACCAGCUAUUUGGAUGUCGUUGCAGAGGCCGUGGCUGAGGUGUUUCCAAAUGCAAGGCACCGAUUCUGCUUUUGGAAUAUCUUGAAGAAGCUCCUAGAAAAUGUGGGGCGUACUCUUGAGAAAGAGGCAAUUUCUUCAAGAUUCAAGGAGGUUGUUUAUGAUAGCGUCACUCUUACUGACUUUGAGAAAGAGUGGGUAGCAAUGGUUGAUCAGUACAAGCUCAAAGACAAAGAUUGGUUCUCUGCUCUGUACAGUUAUCGGAAACAGUGGGCUCCUGGGUAUGUCAAUCAUUCAUUCUGGGCUGGUACAUCUGCUAUCAGGAAGGUUGAAAAGCCAGAUCCAUACUUCGAUGGUGUUGUAACAACUAAAACUACCCUACCGGUUUUCCUGAGCAAUACGAGGCUACUCAGAAGGGGAAAUUGGAAAGGGAGGCGUAUGAUGAUUUGCGCUCCUAUUAUUCUAGACUCACUUUGCUGUCGGGAUUGCCCUUUGAGGAGCAACUUGUGGAGCUCUACACGGUAA